GCUACUGCACAGUAGUGUAUUGUGAGUGCGGCACUGGCAGUAUGUGCCUGUCACAGAGUAGCGCUGCCCGGACCCACGCAGCCUAGCCAGGUCCAUUUUAUUUGGCCCUAAUCAGUCCACUUUAUUUUUCCCUUCCACUUAUCUAAAAAAAAAAAAAAUCUCAUGACGACUGUCUCAUGCACAUUUGUCGUACGGUGUUUUUCUCUUCCCCGGUUCCUUCAAAGCGCCUCGCAUUUGGCAGCGCUGUCGCGGGCCAUGCCAGGGCGGCCGUUCAGAGCGAAUUGCGCGUAACUGCGCUACCUGGGGUCCCUGCUGGGCGCCGGUCUGUCUCAGUGCGCCAUCCGAUCAGCGGACAGAGCAGAUUUGGAAACGCCACGGGGGGACAUUGUCUUGCCAGGACGGUGCAACCUGUUUGUUGGAGACCACCGCCUUUCUCGUGCGGACACGAGCGAAAGGAAGUCCUUUUUUUACUUUUUUGGGGGGGCUUUUUCGAUCCGAUCUCAAAACCUCCCCCCCGUAAAUGAAAUCGGAUUUUUAGGUCGGAGAUCCCAAGCUGAUAAAGAUGGUCGCUCGGAGGCAGCUGAGGGUCUCAGCGCAGUUUGCUCUGGUUGGAUUGCCUCUCUACCCACAAUGCAGCUGUCUGCUCAUGCUCAGCGAAGUGAUUCCAGAGGAAGAGAGGAAGAAAAAAACACAACAGUGAAGUGAAAGAAACUUCCCUGUGCGUGUAGCGCCCUGGGACCCCAGCCGUGGAUAUUGUUCCAGUACGUACAAAAGGACGGCCGAUUCAGGAAGCAAAAGCACCCAAAUACGCUGCAUCGGGUCGCUCCGGCUUGCCCGUGUCUGGCGGCACCGCAGGCUUUGUCCCUACUGUUGAACGCUGCAAAUAACCCACUUUGGUGUCUCGUCUGCUCGGCUUCGCUCUCUAUGUUCGAGUAUCUUCCGGCGGCCGCGGCGGUGGCGACAGCAGCAGCAGCAGCAGGGCCAUGAACAGCGGGCUCCCAGCUUCAGCAACUCCGCUGGCGGGGGUCGGGAUUCCCAGCGUCAAGGUGAAGUUCUGCCGGUACUACGCCAAGGACAAGACCUGCUUCUAUGGAGACGAGUGUCAGUUCUUGCAUGAGGACCCGUCCAUGGCGGGCCUGGCGCUGCACGGCGGCGGAGGCAGCCCCGUCCCGCUCUCUCUGCCCGGGGGACCAGCGGCCGGAUACCCACUCGGAGGAGCUGCAGGCGCCGGGCCGGGUGGCGGUGGGACAGGAGUGCCCAAAAAGGGCGACCCCCUCGGGCCAGCAGGCACGGGACUGGACGGACAGUUGCUUGCCAUCCCAGGGAUGGAUGGAGGGCCUUUAGCAGAUGCCAGUCUGACAAAUUCAUAUUUCAGCAGCAGCUUCAUCGGAGUCAAUGGGUUUGGAAGUCCUGCAGAGCCAAAAUAUUCCAUGAUGCAGAGAAUGACGAGCAGCAGCAGCUCUCCGAGCUUGCUGAACGACAGUGCCAAGAGCUAUGCCCCACACGAUCCGGUAAAUUCGCCUGUAUCGUCUUUAUUCAAUGACUUUGCUGCACUGAGCAUAUCUCAGAGAAGGAAGGCUCCCAAUCCCGCAGCCAGUGAGUUCAUUCCCAAGGGUGGGCCCGCUCCUCGGAUGGCCAGCGUCUCCCAGUCCAGCAUGCCUGCCUUUUCCACAGCCUUGUUCUCCCAUCAGACCCUGGCCAGCACGUCUGCCGCAGCUCUCGCUCCAGGAAUGUCCCUUUCCGCUGGGUCUUCGCCGUUGCACUCGCCGAAAAUCACCCCCCACACGUCCCCCGCCCCGCGCCGGCGCAGCCACACGCCCAACCCGAACCCUGCCAACUACCUGGUGCCAACUAGUGCCUCUGCCCCCGGCUCCGACCCUGGCGGGCCGUCCUCUGCUGCCCACGUCAUCCAGAAGGAGACGGUGGGGGGAACUACCUAUUUCUACACGGACACGACUCCCGCGCCGCUGGCAGGAAUGGUUUUCCCAACGUACCAUAUUUACCCGCCCACUGCUCCUCAUGUUGCUUACAUGCAGCCCAAGGCCAACGCCCCUUCCUUCUUUAUGGCAGACGAGCUCAGACAGGAGCUGAUCAACAGGCAUUUGAUAACAAUGGCACAAAUUGACCAAUCUGAGAACCCAGGGGUCCCGACUGAAGUGGACAGCUACCACAGCCUGUUUCCCCUGGAGCCGCUGCCUCCCCCAAACCGCCUCCAGAAAACGAGCAACUUCAGUUACAUCACGUCCUGUUACAAAGCUGUGAACAGCAAAGACGACCUGCCUUACUGCCUUCGAAGAAUCCACGGUUUUAGGCUCGUGAACACGAAGUGCAUGGUCCUGGUGGACAUGUGGAAGAAGAUUCAGCAUUCCAACUUUGUGACGCUGCGAGAGGUGUUCACCACCAAAGCGUUCGGAGAUCACUCUCUCGUGUUUGCCUACGACUUCCAUGCUGGUGCGGAGACCAUGUACAGCAGGCACUUUAACGAUCCCAGCGCCGACUCCUAUUUCACGAAAAGGAAAUGGGCAGGGCAGCACGAUGGACCUCUCCCUCGACAGCACGCAGGGCUGCUGCCCGAGUCUCUGAUCUGGGCCUACAUCGUCCAGCUCAGCUCCGCCCUGCGCACCAUCCACACCGCCGGCCUGGCCUGCAGGGUUAUGGACCCCACCAAGAUCCUCAUCACAGGAAAGACCAGGUUACGAGUGAAUUGUGUUGGAAUAUUGGACGUCUUAACAUUUGACAACAGUCAGACAAACCCGUUGGCAUUGAUGGCACAAUAUCAGCAAGCAGAUCUCAUGUCCUUGGGCAAAGUCGUAUUAGCUUUAGCUUGUAACUCUUUGGCAGGAAUCCAAAGGGAAAAUCUGCAAAAAGCUAUGGAGCUUGUUUCAAUAAAUUACUCCUCGGAUUUAAAAAACCUAAUCCUGUACUUGCUGACAGAACAGAACAGGUUGCGCAGCGUCAAUGACAUCAUGCCUAUGAUUGGGGCCAGAUUCUACACCCAACUGGACGCCUCUCAGAUGAGAAAUGAUGUAAUUGAGGAAGACUUGGCCAAGGAGGUGCAAAACGGGCGUCUUUUCCGACUGCUUGCGAAAUUGGGAACAAUUAAUGAGAGGCCAGAAUUCCAGAAGGACCCCACCUGGUCCGAGACAGGAGACCGCUAUCUGCUGAAGCUCUUCAGAGACCACCUCUUCCACCAGGUGACUGAGACGGGCUCUCCCUGGAUCGACCUCAGUCACAUCGUUUCCUGCCUCAACAAGUUGGAUGCUGGUGUGCCAGAGAAAAUCAACCUGGUGUCCCGCGAUGAGAAAAGCAUCCUGGUGGUGACCUAUGCGGAUUUGAAGCGGUGCUUUGACAAUACCUUUCAGGAACUCCUGGCAGCUGCGAACGGUCAGUUGUAGUAUUUGCUGGAAUCAUGAUGGAAUUCACCAAGGAACUAAAAACAAUAGCAAAUUGCACUACAGCUGAACAAGUCAUCUCAUUUCACCUUUCCUUUUUUGAGACAACAUAAAUGGGGGAUGAGCGUCGCUGCUUGCACUUCAGUCAGGUACACUGUUUUGUGAAGAAGGAUUUUUUUUUAAAUUGAAUCUUUAUUUUCGUAAAUAUAGCCUACAGCUACAAUUUUGAACGGGUUGGCUGUGAAGACGUUUUUUUUUUAGAUGGGGAACACAAAACCAGACAGAUAAUGUUCCUUCUUUUAUUUUUUUCCAAGUGGUCAAUGCACUAAAAUUUUAAUUUUUUUAAAGAUACUCUUCUGUGUGAUCUCUGAGGUUUUGCCACGCGGUGUAAGUAAGGGAAAAUCGACCUUAGAGGAGGAAAAAAGAUCAAUAUGGAUAACCUUUUAUAUUGUCCUUCUUUUAAUUGAAGAAGUAACUGAACAGCAGUUUUUUUUUUUAUGAGUCACCUAAAGAACUGUAAGGACCAGGUGUGUAAUUCCUCUGUCUCAGUGACUGCAUUUUCAUUAGAACUGCUGUUAGUGAGGGAUGUAUCUGAUCAGCUCCAUAGACUGUCUAGGAUGAAACCAAAUAGAUGUCUUCAGUGAAACAUGUAGAAUGUGCUAUACAGAAAUGUGCUUUUUCGAAGUUGUUCAAAUUGGAGAGGAGUGACGGCACUCUCUACUCUUAAGAAAGGAUUUUAUUUUUUGGGGGUGGGGCUGGGUGGGUGGGAGAGGGAGGUGUUUAGCUUUGGCAACAGAUUGGAAAAUAAACACCAGCGCAUUUUUUAAAAGAUUUCCGAGUGUUAUUGUCACUUAUCUCAGUUUUUCGGACUUUCUGUGUAUGCAAGCCUUUUUUUUUUUCCUUCAGUCACGUAGACGCCAGAUGUGCUGAAAGUACUGUCCUUUGAAUUGAUUUCGGCAUUUAAAAUCUUCAGAAGCUGCAGCGGGGUUUUGUUUGUAGGCUCCUUUUACACUGGAUGUAAAACCAACAUGCGAGUCCCUGGAGAUGGCCUGUGAAUCCAGCAGCAGUCUGCUUUUCUUCUGCAGAAAGAGGAAACUGCAGAACCCGUGUCAUUUAUGGUCAGCUGUGCCUUUUUUUUUUUGGAGUCACCAAAAUUUUAUUUUUUACUUCCUUUACAAGAAAGUGACCUCAGUCGGCUCACGGGACUCCUCUGCAUCACCUCCAUGUAGUAUUGCGUUCAGGCUGGACUCCAGCUCAGCUCGACCUGUCCUGUGGUGACAGGCUGUUUUCUGCUGCAUUGUAUGAACUCCUUGGAUGUUCGAGACCACUGAGAUUCUCAAUAUAAAAGCAAAAAAAGAAAAUAAAGCCUGACUCGGACCCUGUUCCAAGCACUGAAUGCUACCCCCUGCUCCGUUUCCCUGUCACGAGGUUCCAGGCUGUCUCUGUGGAAAUGGCCAUUCUCAGCACUUGCAGUCAAUGGUGUUCAAUCUGCAGUUCUUUUUCUGGACAAGUUCUUAGGGUUGCAUUGCUCUUGUGAUUUUUUUUUUUUAAUAAGUUGUAAGAAUAUAACGUGGACUGGAGAUUUAUUUUUUAUUAUUUCCGACUUUUGAAGAUGCUUUUUGCGUUGAGAUGUGUUCAGGUUUGGUUUUGGUAGCACUGGUUGUUGAAUAUGAUAAAACAAUCUGGAAUUUUGGAUAUUCUGUAUAGAUAUUUGACUUUGGACAAUACUUAAAUCACCCUUCUUUCAGGAUGUUACUGAAGAGAAGAAAGAAACGUUGAAAACCAGGAUUUUUAAAAGAUCAAGCAGAACCGACUUUUAUCACCGGCGUCUUUAUUUGGCAGAAGAGCAGCUGUUUUUUUGUAUGUUUUUGACAAAUCACAUUGUAAUUAUUUUAUAUAAAGAAACAUUUGGUAUUCUAGAAGAAAGUAAAGGACACUUGCUUAAUUUCCGAGCAAGCAAGACAAUUGUUUCCGUAAUCUCUUUACAGACAGUAAGGGGAUCAUGUGUGUGUGAUUGUAUGGGCAUUUUGCCUGCUCAUAAAAUUAGUUUGUGGACCAAUAUUUACAGCAGUGGAACUUUUUUUAAACAGUUGGAAAGGUGGUGUAAAUCCAGGGCAUAGACUUUAACCAGUCAAAAUACCCUCCCAGCUGGAAUUCCUGCAGGUGGGUUGUUAAUUGAAUCUGAUGUUUUAAAACUAUAUGUGCACUUCCGAAAUGAGAUGAGGGAAAACCGUCAGGAAUAGGUGCUGCAUGUAUAGUGUGAUUUCAGAGAAGGGUGGGGUGGGGGGGGGCUUUAUUUGCUACUUUUGAAUUUGGGGCGGUUCACUCCCUUAUAAAUGAACCUCCUGUUUCAUUAGCAGUCUUAGUUGUUAUAUUUGUUUGUGUUCUGUGUGUAACUCUUAAAGCCACAGUCACAAGGGUAUUUUUAUCCGGUUGUGUUCUUGCUGUCAGAUUACACCUCCUGCAUUCGCUGCUCCGUGCGGCACAGUUUGCCGGGGCAUGAGGAAUCCCGGCUUCACGCCACGACUUCGGUUGAAGGGGACUUAGUUCGAAGCAUUGUGGGGGGGGAAAAAAGAUGAGAAGUGACUCGUUCAAGCCCUGCUUCCCUGCUCCUUCAGCUGUUGAAGGCGGCCUCUUCCGUGGUGCUUUCCUGACUCUAUGCCGGUAGCAUGUAGCUUUCCUCCCUGUGGGAAAGGCUGCUUCAGUGCUCCUGUAUUGACGAAGUGGUUUGCCUUCCAACGAGGCCGGCAAAGUCCUCUUCCACAGAUUACUAGAGCUUUGUCGCUUCCGGACAGCAGGAUGGGGGUUAAAAAAAAUGUGCUUUCAAUCUACGGUGGCCUUGGGUGUUUUCUCGUGAGCAUUGAUUUUAAAAAUUGCUUGCAUUGGUGUAAUACUCUUCCUUCCCAAGCACUUUGUGUGUAGAAGGGGACCCAUGUUAUUUUUCUCUGAAGUGCAACCCCCCCUAAUGUGCUGCACCCCUCCUACAGAGCUGAUCAGGUGGGGGAAGUGUGAAAUGAACCGAGCUGUUGUAAUCCAACUUGAAGUUUAGCUAGCAUGCCCAUCUAAACGCCAUUAUUCUUUCAAAGGAAACAAAAAUUGUUACAGGAUCUUAAAUGACUAUGUGACAGGACCGUAGUCAAGAGCAGUCCCACCGACCCCAGUCACCGUGAUGGGCUGUUCGGAAAUACAGGUUCAGAGGAAAGAGCGCCACCUGCUGGUACACCAUCAGCACUUGCAGCAAUAAUCCGAUUUUGCAUAGAGGUCUCCCAGCACAGCACGGACUAGGCUCAGCCCUGCUAAGUUUCUGAAUCGGGCUGUAAGGCGGUACACACUGCUCCCACUAAAAUAAGGAGUUCUCAUGGGGGUGUUUUCUAAGAAAAUAAUUUUGUAACUGUUUGUAAGUUUAGUAUUCAGUAAUGCUCAACUCCAGAACCAGGGUAUCCAUGAUCAUAAAUUGUAUUAAUUUCACCCACAGUUCUUUUGCUCUUUUAAGUGUGUUCGGGGGGUGGGGGGGGGUAGGGGGGACUCAGCAGUUUUGUGCUGCAUACAGAGCACAUGUUAUUUACACGUAUUGUUUAUCUGAAGACCCAGACAUGAGCAAACAAAGCUGUUGUAAGAAAAUAAAUAUUGUAUGCAUUUAUCAAAAUGGAUAGGCUGGUAUUUAGGAACAUGCAUUUAUGUGUCCCUAUACAGUAAAUGCUUAUUUUCUUUGGUAUAAGGAGUUGGGUAAAUGCCCACCUGUUGGUCAAGGUUUUGAUUUAGGAAAGCGCGUUGUUUUGCCCCUUUCUCUGACCUCCAAUACACAGCUCACUAUCAUGGCUCCUCUUGUGUUUCAGUGUCACUCACUUUUGCAAUAUUUGUGUGUACAGCAGUAUUUUAAUAAAGAAUACCAAAAUAUUU